GCAGAGUUAUCCCUCAUCCAAGAUGUCUGCGCCCACAACUAAAAACGAGAAAGAGCAGAAUGAGUUAAAAUAUGUUGAAGAACGGGGAAUUAAAAUCAAAAAUGAAGUUGCUAAUAUACCCAGUGAAAGAUCAAAACUACACAAUCCCAAAAUGGCCAUUUGCAGAGAAAUGACAUUAUUAACUUUAAUGGUGGCAGUGAAAGAUUCUAAAAUUAAACUCGGAUGUCUUGAGGGUGUUUCAUCAUCAGGUCUUGCGGCUUUACAAUGGAAGAAGAUGUUAAAAGAUAAAAUUGAUGUAACAGCUGCAACGUUAGAUUGUUUGGACAGCAUCAACGUCAACUGUAAAAACAAUUAUAUUCAUCCUAUUCCAUUUCCACUGGAUUUUACUCGCACACCUGGCAUAACCUUACCACAGCAAGGUGAAAAAGAAAUUCAUGUCUGUCAGGCUAGAACCAAUGUCUUAUUACACAUGGAGGCCUUUGAUUUCAUAUUUCUAGAUCCCCACAAAUCCUGUACCAGUUAUAUAGACAGUGUGUUUGUAAAUCUAAGACACCUUGGUAUAUUAUGUUUAAUUGUACCAGAUAUUUCAAUGUUUGCCCGGUCUCAUCAAGUGGUAGAAAGGAUGUAUUCAGCAGCUGUUAUUAAAACAGACUAUAUAAAAGAGCUUGCAGCCAGAGUAAUUCUUGGAAAAUUGGCCAGGUCAGCCUCCCAAUGUAAUAAAGGCCUUGAAGUCUUGUACACCCAGUCUGUAGAUGACUUCCUGUUGUUAUGUGUCAAAGUUCACAGAGGACCUCACAUUGCAGACGCAUCCAAUCAAAACCUGCGUAGUGUUUUGCACUGUAGAAUGUGUGAAGAAAGGGUUAUUUUAGAAAAACAGAAAGCUCCUGUUGAAAACCCAUAUUUACUGCUGCCCUGUACUUGUAAUAAAGAAAAAAUAGGAAAAACAGCUGUAGUACUGGGACCAAUUUGGGCAGGACCAAUAUUCAAACCAGAUUUUCUAGUCAAGAUGAAAAAUUCAAGUGAAAGUUUAAAUUUAGACAAAAAGUCUCUUUCUGUUUUGAACGCCAUAUUGGAUGAAGUGGAAGAUUCCAUAGAAACAAGGGCAGAGAACUCUGAGUGUAAUGAAGAGGAAGUUGUUGACAAGGACACCAAAUGUGACCAAAACACAAAACAAACUGAAAAUGAAUCUGUAACCAAUAAAAAUUUGGAAUCAUACACAACCAAAGAUAACAGGGAACAUAAUGGAGGUACACAAAAUCUAAAGCGCCCCCUGGAUGACAACGAAAAUUCAAAUUCUCCCACCAAACGCCCCAAACGAGUAGACUUAAAAAAUAAAAGUGAAAAAGAGUUGUGGGAUCAUCACUUCAUUCCGUUUUAUUAUAACACACAUCGAUGGAAAAUGGAUGCUGCCAAAAAAUUACCAAAAUUAGCUGAGCUGAUCCAGUUGUUGAAAUCAGAUGGUUUUAGAGCCAGUCGGACUCAUUUUGAUUCUAAGUGUAUCCGCACAGAUGCCUCGUUGAAACAAAUUGCUCAGACUUUAAAAUCACAUUGUAAUGUUUAUCAUUAGAAAUGAAAUGAAUGGUUUUACUCUUUUGCACCAAAUUGGGCAAAUGAAGACAAGCAAUCGAGCAAUGCCAUGCAGUGUGCCAUGAGGGAAAUAAGCCUAUUCUUUUUCAAUUUCCAAAUGUCGAGGGAUGUGUACAACCUGAAGUGCAUAGGCCUUGUGUUAACCAGGUUAUAUCCAGGCUCAAUCAUGGUGUAACUAGGAAAACUGAAAUACACUGUAAUUUAACAUUUAUUGUAUAAAGAACACAUCUAUUUUAAAAAAAAACUUAAAUAGUAGAGAUUGCAGUGGUCGUUAUGUAAGGGUGUCCUGUAUACACAAGUUGACUCGAUUGCUUAGUGUCCCUUAUAUACACGAUGUUGCAAUGGCUUCUUCCCCAUCUUCGUAUCUGGAGAAAUCCUUACUGUACAAAAAGCACAGGUUACCAAUCUUCUGGAUAGCUUUACAAUAUAUAUUUUCGAAACAUGCAUAUCUGCACGCCUCCAAACUUAUAGAUUCAGAUGAAUCUAUGAGGUAAUUCAAGUAGCAAAGUCCACGGCUUGGGUAAUACAUUAGAUUAUAACAGGUAUUUGUGAGGCACUGGUCUCGACACUCUACUUCAGUAUCGAAGUUGAAAUUGACUUCGCUGUCCUCGUAUAAACCAAGCUUUUUUAUCAUAUCGUUAUCUUGACAAUCUGAACAGAUUAUAGUCAUUACCCAUUGAUUGUUGUUACAACUUAAGACACCAGUCUUACCAUUGCCUGUAAACCCAGGGUUACACUCGUAGACCCCAUAGCUCUGAGUAUACCAUGUCUUCAUAAUAGCAUUUGAGAGAUAAGGAGCAGGUGGACACACUGCGUCAGUAUUUUUGAUCAGAACCAUAAAAAUGGUGAGAAGAAGUAACUGGAAGAUCGGCAUGGAAAACAUCGUACUAUUUCUGAGGUUGACAAACUUC